UAAGCGGUGUUAGUGUUCGAACAGCACACAAACUGUUUGAUAGAAUUUCUCAGGUGUCUACUCCACAUAUUUGCUAGUUUCAGUUUCGACCUAGAGUUUACAUGGCAUAAGCUCGGAACAGUGAACAGGUUUCCACAGCAAGGACUUGUUUGUCAUCGUCGUUCUUCUUCCUCGUAGGUGAAAGUGUGAACGGGCGAUGCGAUCGAAAAACUGUUCCCUCAAUUGAUUGUUGAAUCUCCUUUCUCUGCGAUGCGAAGCUCUUCGUUACGGACAUUGAGGACCAUUGCUGGUUCUGUGAAAACUGUUCUCGCCAGUUCUUCGCCAGUGGUUCGGCAAUCUUCUCGUUCUUAUUUUGCUAAUCUGAGUCUUGGGAAACUGCAAAAGGAAGCUAAUCCUAGUGAUUUCCUCAAAUGGUCUUCGCUUGGUUUCUUUCGGACUUCAAAAUUCGCUACUGGGUUCACCCCAUUGCAACCAAAGCCGCUGAAUUCGAUCAUUGAUAUGGAGAGGGUGAAAGAUCGGUCACCGGAGGACCUCGCUUCCAUCUGGGAUGAUUAUCAUUUGGGAAGAGGCCAUAUUGGGAUAUCGAUGAAAGCUAAACUAUAUCAUUUAUUGGAACAUCGAGCAGCAGAUUGCCGCUACUUUGUUAUUCCUUUGUGGCGUGGAAGUGGCUAUACUACCAUGUUUGUUCAAGUACAAAUGCCGCAUAUCAUUUUCACUGGCCUUGAAGAUUAUAAGGCUAGAGGAACCCAAGCAGCUCCCUACUUCACCGUGUCCUAUUACAAAGAAUUUGCAGAGAGCAAGGAUUUGGUGCUUAUUCGAGGCGAUAUUGUGUUUACAAGUAAGCUCACCGAUGAGGAAGCAGAAUGGCUUUUAGAGACCACCCAAUCCUUCUAUCUGAACGAUGUUCGGUACAAGCUGGUUGAACGGUUCAACAGACAAACACGUGAUUUUGAGUUCAAGGAUGUCUUACAAGCACUGGAUAUGCCCAUUUUAUGAUUUCUGCGGAACGCUGCAGGCAAUGGUGCCCUCUAAGAGGUAAUAAUAAGAAAUUUAGCAAACAUGCCAAGCGUUUAUAGGGCUAUUAUACAUAGUUCCGCCUUACUUUGAAUAGGCCGUUUUGACCUGUAGAAAGAAUGAUAAAAUCGUUUAUUUUUGGUAUGUUCGUAUCAAAUCCUUCGGUCGACAGAAAUAUUGAUUUAUGCCUCAUCCCAAAUAAUGGGAACGGAGUUUCUUUUGGAUCCUGGGUUGACAUUUCUUUUCUAACUUCUUUACUUAUGGACUGAAAAACGAGUUGUUGGUUAUUAAUUCAGGAUGGUUUACUAUUUAA